GUUCGGAUCUGCUCUUCAUCAGUACCAGGCUCCAGCAUUAAGCAAUUAAGCAAUGGCAGCAUCAACGGCGCCGACAUCUCAAACGCAUCCAGCAUCGCUACCGCCAUCAGUGUUUACUCUUCCCCAAACAGCGCAACUCGAGGCCUUGUACACUAUCAUCCGCGAUAGAACCACAAGUCGAGGAGAUUUCUUGUUUUACUCUGACCGGAUCAUUCGUUUACUUGUUGAAGAAAGUUUAAAUCAUCUACCUGUGGUCCCAAAGAUAGUGCAGACUCCCACGGGCGCCACGUACCAAGGUGUUGGCUUCGAGGGAAAGAUUUGUGGAGUAUCAAUCCUGCGUGCUGGCGAGGCCAUGGAAGCUGGUCUUCGAGAAGUAUGCCGUAGCGUGCGCAUUGGGAAGAUUCUGAUUCAACGAGAUGAGGAGACUGCUCUUCCGAAGCUCUUUUAUUCUAAGCUUCCUGAAGACAUCGCAUCCCGAUACGUACUUCUCCUUGAUCCGAUGCUAGCCACUGGAGGUUCCGCUAUGAAGGCAGUUGAGGUUUUGCAGGAACAAGGCGUUCCAGAAGAGCGAAUCAUAUUCAUUAACUUGAUUGCGGCACCAGAAGGUUUGAAGAGAUUCUGUGGUAGAUUCCCAUCUUUGCGCGUGAUCACCGGAUGGAUUGAUCAGUGCCUCAACGAAAAAUCCUACAUUAUUCCAGGUCUGGGUGACUUUGGGGAGCGAAGAUAUUGUGAAUGAAGAAUCGUACGAGUAGCGUCAAUCAUGGUACUUUCAGACGACUUUCAUGAAACAUUGAAGUCCUUUGAUCCUUCAUGUUUUUCGUCGGUUAACCGCGUGCUUCCUGGCCGAGUAUCUUGUUUAGUGUGCUGAAUGGUUGAGGUUGU